AUGCCGGAACAAGAAGGAGCAUUCCCAGACGAGGUCUUACCAACACAAGAAGGAACAUCACAAGAGGAAGCCGCACCACAACAAGAAGACGUGCCACAGCAAGAAUUGCCCAUCGACUGGCCCGAAGACAUCGAGUACCUGCGUCGUCCCAAAAUUUCACCGGCCGUCCCUGCCAUCGCUCUCAAGAUCCUCAAUACCCCGACUGCUGCCACAGCUUCCUUCACUCGCUUCUCCGCCGACGCCUUGUCCUUCCCUAAUCCUGACGUUCGUAUCGUCCCUCUCAAUGACCCAGACCACCCCGCCAAUGGCCAAUAUGGUCUGGCUGCUAUGAAGCACUUCCACCCUGGCAACUUCAUCCUACCCUACAUCGGUCGUCUGCAUACCAACAAGCCUGAAGACACCGAUCCCGAUUCCGAGUACGACAUUUCGCUCGAUCGAGAUCUCGACCUCGCCCAAGAUGCUGCAAAAUCCGGCAACGAAGCUCGUUUCAUCAACGACUAUCGUAACAUCGCCGACGCUCCUAAUGCAGAGUUCCGCGAUAUCUGGGUUCAGACUGCCGAGAAAAAGUGGGAGCGCUGGAUCGGUAUCUUCACCGUCACCACUGGCAAGUCUGGCAUGAGAAGAAAUGGAAUUAGACCAGGAGAGGAAAUUCUUGUCAGCUACGGCAAGGGUUUCUGGAAAGACAAGAAGGACGAGUGGGUCGCUCCAAAGAAGAAAUACCCUACGCAGGAGAAACAUGGAAACGUGAGAAGAGCCCGUGUCCGAAAGUGA